CGUUCAUUGGAACAUAAGCAUGGUUGGCUGUUAGUUCUUGGCCAUGCCUUGAGUAAAAAAAUGGGAUAUCUCGUCAUACAAUCUCGAACAAAGAAUUUCGCUGAAUGGCAAAAUUUUGUAGACGCUGUGAAAGUUAUGGCACCAACAUCCAUAUUUAAGUGCGAUGGUUAACAACUCUACUUGAAGAUAAGAUCGCGACCGUAAUGGAACAAAUACCCAAUUAGCCGGUUGCGAAGUACGCUUUCGUAAUUACAAUUUUGACACGCACAUCGGUAUACGCUACAAAAAUAACAUUUUAUCUGUGUCGACCGAUACGGAGAACAGUGGGGAAUGGAAGAACUGCUUUGUCGUUAACAAUGUAGAAUUACCUAUGGGCUAUUUCUUCGGUCUCUCGGCUACUACCGAUGAUAUAUCGGACAAUCAUGAUAUAUUUAGUUUUAAAUUUUAUGAUCUAGACUCAAAUGUAACGCCCGAAAUAAUAAUGGCUCGUGCAAAUAUUAUACCUAACGCUAAAACAUUUGAACCGCCUCGAGACCAUAAGGAUGAUCUGAAGUCAAGUAUGUCGAAUGCGAAAAUCUUUUUCAUUCUAUUGUUUGGCAUGUUGAUAGCGGUUGGAGUCGUCAGUUUUGCAAUUUCUUAUUUCAAGGGAAAAAAUUCACGUAAACUUCACGUACUAGUUCAGCUCAUAUAACUCCAAUGUAGAGACAUAAA